UUGCCACCGUUCACGGAGUCGCCUACUGCUGCACGGCGCUGCCUUCUUCUUCUGGUCCUGACUUCUUCAAGCAUGGCUGCGUUUCUCUGAGAGGGCCAAUAGUUCAGUGUAGCACCGGAGAAAGGGGUCGUGCAGAUUUAUCACCUCGUCUUUCUUUCUUCUUCUGCAGCUGAGGAGGACGAGGAAGAGGACCAGGGGUUGGAGAUAUAGAACAGGGCCAGAGCUAGACACAAAGGCUGCUCGAGAAGUGCCCAGAAGAUUGAGUAGAGGACGGUGUUUUCAAAGCGGGAGACCACCUCUCGGUUCAUGGUUCGGUCGAGAAAGGGGAAGGUUUUCUGAGAGUGGAAGAAAUUUGCGAAAGUCACGUCGCUGUGACGAAGGAGGGAGAACCCAGGUGGAGAUAGUUAUUGCUGUCGUGGAGCGGAGGACGAGCUCUUGAUUCGGAGAUAUGGACUUCUGAACAGGUUAGAUAAAUCUCGCCGGUGAUUCUGGGCCUGAGGGUUCAAGCAGAGCAGCAUGAAUCGGGCAGUGCAAAUUUGGCUCGUGCUCGUGCUGGGAUUGUGGGCUGGCCAGCAAACUCGUGCCCAACAGGUUUACGGAGAAACUGUCACAUCUUACGCGUGCACGGACACUGUCAACAAAUCGUGCAGCUCGUUCGUGAUUUACAGAACCAGGGAUGUGUACAAAGACAUACCCUCUGUGGCCAACCUAUUCCAAGCUAACGAGAGUGAAAUCGCCCGGCUCAAUGGUAAGGCUAUCACCGAUACUCUGUACACGACUGAACCUCUCAUCGUUCCUGUCAGCUGCAGUUGUGUCAAUGCGUCGUCCAUGGCCCUGAUAAAUUACGUGAUCCGAAAAGGAGACACAUUCUACUUGCUCAGCAACAACACUCUCGAGAGUUUGGCCUCCACGCAGGCCAUCAUCGAUGCCAAUGCGGAACAGGAUCCCACCACGCUGCAAAUCGGGCAGGUCAUCAACAUCCCCAUCCGCUGUGCUUGUCCCACCAGUGCUCAAAUCGCCAAUGGAACUCAAACGCUCAUGACCUACACUGUGCUGGGAGGUGAAACCGUGGGCUGGCUCGCAGCCUUCUUCGAUGUGCCUGGGAGCGAAAUUCGAGCUGCCAAUAGUUUGCAGACGGACGAGUUGUUGUACGCUCAGCGCACUCUCGUUAUUCCUUACAAAGUCAGUCAGCCGAUCAUUCGGGCCCAGCCUCCCCCUCCCCCUCCUCCCGCCGCCGUGCCAGAACCGCAGGGGGCAAUCACUCCGACUCCUCCAUCCUCCAGCAGCAGCUCGUCCACCAAUGCUGGGGUUUACGUGGGCAUCGGUGUGGGUGUGUGUGCGGCAAUUGUGAUCGCUGCAGCAAUUUGUGCAUAUUUGGUUAUUGCGCGCAAGAGGAGAAGAACUCGAACCUCCCACGGCAAAAAUUCCACGCCCUUGGCCGCGAUCUCGGCCCGCACCGAUACCACCAGUCCUCCCUACUCGAGCGAUCUGACCCCGAGGCAGCAGCAGCGGCUGGCCACGCAAGGAGAUCCUCUGGAGGGCAUGUUCGAUGUCAUGGAUAAAGACAGACCGACCCUCUUCUCGUUCGAUGAGAUCAAGGAGGCGACGAACAAUUUCGCGUUUGGCAACAGGAUUCAGGGGUCGGUGUACAGGGGGAUCUUGCGGAACGAGGUGGUGGCGAUCAAGCAGAUGAGAGGUGACAUGUCGCAGGAGCUGAAGAUUCUGUGCAAGGUUCACCAUACCAACCUGGUGAAGCUGGUGGGGCUUUGUGUGACCGACGCUGAGCAUAUGUAUCUGGUGUACGAGUAUGCAGAGAAUGGAUCUCUCAGUGACUGCCUGCACACGGAUUUCCUGUCCAAAAACAAAAUGGCCACCAAGAGCUCGUCCUUCCUCGGCUGGACGGUCCGACUACAGAUCGCUCUUGAUGUUGCCACUGGGUUGGAGUACAUCCAUGACUACAUCAAGCCCAACUACGUCCACAAGGACGUGAAAAGCAGCAACAUUCUGCUGGAUGGAGCGUUCCGGGCCAAGAUUGCGAACUUCGCCAUGGCAAAAUCUGGCGGAACGAACCCGUCCAUGAUGACCAGGCACAUCGCAGGAACUUAUGGGUACAUGGCGCCUGAGUACCUCGCUCAUGGUCAGGUGACCCUGAAGGCUGACGUUUUCGCUUUCGGGGUGACUUUGCUGGAGCUGCUGUCAGGCAAGGAAGCUCUUCUCGAGGAGGAAUCAGGGCAGGAGAAGUGUCUGUAUUCCAGCAUUGGGCCUCUGCUUGAAGGAGACGACAUGGCCGUGAAGACCAAGUUGAAAGACUGGAUCGAUCCUGCUCUGCAGAGUCAUUACCCUCUCGAUACUGCUCAACAGCUCGCCUACUUGGCGAGAUCGUGUGUGGAGAAUGAUCCGGCUCAACGACCAGGAAUGAAGGACAUCACAUAUGCUCUGUCGAACCUUCUUGCCGUAUCUCUGGAGUGGGAGAGCUCGGCAGUUUUUGCCCAUACUCUCUUGGAUACACCGAUCGAAGCUCGGUGAUCUCACGACUUGAAGCUUCAGUUGACAGCACAUUUACGACUCCAAAGGUAGAAAGAAACUUUAUUGUUUGGUAGGUUACAACUUUUCAUUGCGCUGAGUGAACAUAGCAUGUUUCGUGUACAUUAUGUAGAAGGGAAGACUCUCGAGGGAAGAUUGAAGUGAUGCCCAGAAACUGGCACCAUUCAUGCUUCCCUCCAAACAGGCGGCACAAUGUCACUACUGAGUCUUCACGUAGAUAGACUUGCAUCAAAACUAACUAUAAGAUAGAUGUUAUCUAACCUCUCCACCAUAUCCCGACACUGGACCUUUUGGCUUAGUUCUAUUCCUCUACUCGUGUACCUCUUGAACGGGAACGCUAGCUUGACACUCCUCUGAGAUAGAAUGUCACUUCCUCUAUUUUGGCGUACACAGAACUAGGUUUCUAGGUCACAGGUGCACUUAGUCUCCUUCUUGUAUGAGGCAUGGCCUCUUACUCACUUAUGACGAGCUCGGACUCAAAAGUAAAUGAAACCCAAUCUCCGUUCAAGCUAUCAACACUGGUACUCCUUGUGUUCACUUCCUUUGGUCCGCGAUCAACUUGCCACGUGUCCUUCGCAAGAAGUGCAUGAUUGCCUUCUGCACGAGGAGUUUACCUGAUCUGUCUUGGGUGUUGAGGAAAUUGUUAUUGAGAAUGCAUCAUUGAUGCCUCAUACUUGAUCACUCUUAUACCAGAUCACCCGAGAAAAAUCUCUGCGUCUGGUCUGCCAUUGCUGUCUAUUCAGGCACCCAUGUUUGUUACUCUUCGUUUAUUUUUUGCUCAGAAAUCCCUGGAGUUUCAUGUUGCAAGCACCCGGGCUCACGCUGGCAGAAGACAUGGUUUCCUCUCGUGCUUAUUGUAUUACAGAUAAUGAUUACAGAGGCUUUUGCCAUUGUGGACGACGUCGGUUUGCUCGCGUUUGGGCUUCUGCAAGCACAGCAAUGUCUCCUGGUUUCCACGUAUAUUAUGAGCAAAAGAGUUGUUAUUGAUCCUGUAUAUGUGUGCAAGGCACUGGAUCCCGCCAUUUUGAGUUUACUUCUUCAUCUCCUCCUCUGGAAGAGAUUGACAGUCCAACUCAGCCGAUAGAGCCAACAGGCAAGGGAAACCAGGCUGUACAUUCUUACUAUGGGAUUGCAUCUUGGGUUUAGGGCCUUACAGUGUGGACAGUUUUUGACAAAUAAUGGGUCUUGUUCACACCCUGCUCUUCUUUCGAGGGAAAGGAU